AUGCUGUCAGGCCGCAUGAAGCGAAGUCUAUCCUGGCUCUCAGCCCAUGCAUCCGCCGAGCCAAAUCCUCCAAAGGGCGUGCUGGGAAUGGACAUGGCGGAGAAUUGGCUUGUCCGACCAGAUGUCCUUCCUUUAAUCAAAGACGCAAUAUCAUUGGACCUGAAACAGCAGGAUCUCUCAUAUUCCCAGGAGCUGGGUGGACCUCCAGGUCUGUUGCAUGUGUCGGCAUCAUUUUUCAAUCGCUUCUUCUUUCCUCAAGUUGCCAUUUUACCCGAGCACAUCGUGACAAGCACAGGAUGUUCAUCUGUUAUUGAGACCCUUAUAUUUUCGAUUUGCGAUACUGGGGAUGGUAUACUACUGGAAACACCCAUGUGGGAUGGGUUUUCUGUCACGUCAAUUCUGAGAAACAACGUGCGCAUAGUUCCGGUGAGAUACUCGAGGCGACCAACAAAUGCAGCAGAUCUUGUACAGCACUACAGCGAAGCCAUGAAGAAUGCAACAUGUCCCAUUCGGGGCCUCAUCGUUUGCAAUCCCCACAACCCUCUUGGUCAGAUCUAUCCUACUCUCUGGUUAGAGGCGCUGCUUCAAUUUUGUGAAGCUCACAACAUCCACUUCAUCUCAGACGAGAUAUACGCUCUUUCGAAUUUUGGGGCGACUAGAUGCAGUCAAUAUGCCAAUCCCUAUACUGUGAUUGGGCUAGAAACGAAGUUCACAUCGGUAUUGUCGAUAGACCUGAAGCGACUUGGCGUCGACCCCGCUCGUGUCCAUGUAGCUUACAGUAUCAGCAAGGAUUUAGGAAGUAGCGGGAUUCGACUGGGCUAUCUCAUUACGCAGUCAAAUCCCAGGCUUCGCCGUGCACUAGCGGUUCUCAACAGGUUCAAGGUGUGUAAUAUGGCAUCGAUCGCCGUUGCUUCUCUCUUUUCAAAUCUGCAGACGGUUGAAAAUGUACUGGACAACAACAAACCUCGCCUGCGCAAAGCAGCGGAGAUAGUAGAAGAUUUCUUGUCAUUCCAUCACAUUAUGUUCUAUUCACCGGUUGCUGGUUGCGUCAUAUGGGCGCGGGUUGGAGGCGAGCUAGCAACAAAAGAAACAGACGCAGAGCUAUAUGAAAAAUUUGCAGCAGCAGGCGUGGCCGUUGGUGCCGGCUCCAGGUUCAAGAGUGGAGAACCGGGCUGGUUCAGAAUCACGUUUGCUCUACCUCGGAAGAGUCUGAUCGAAGGACUACGACGAAUCGAAAUUGGAAUGGAGGCAAAGCAACAAUGGAAACCCGCAAACUCCCAAUUGUGA